GCCGAUUCAUCCGAGCGUCCGGGGCCGCAGCCCUGCACCGGCGGCCUGCCUGGGUCCGGCCGCCUCGCUCCCCGCUGCCGCCCCAAGGAACGGAUUGUGAACACUUAAGCGAUUAGGUGCUUGGAGGUCUGUUGAUGGAGGCCCGACGCCGGCUCAGGCUUCCUUGGUGCGUAGUGCCCCGGAGCUGUCAGGAGACCCAGCACCAGCGAAGCACCGUAAAUUGUUGGCCCCGGAGCACCAGGUGAGGCGCCGGCACCAAUCGUCUUCCCCUGUGCGGCCCCUGGCGCAGCCUAAAGGAAGGCGGGGUCGUUCCCCACACAGGAGGCUGGUGCCUCCCAAGGCACUGAGCACCGACAAGAGCGGGAAGGACAUGGUACAGGCGGUCCCGGCGACACAAGCUCCACCGAGCCCAGACCUAAGUGAGCUCAGUGCAGACGAUGGGCAAGUUACUCGGUGCAGCGGUCCCGGUCCCCGCACCGACACCAGACGGUGGCGGAGGCAACAGUAUCCAGGCCUCCAGCAUCCCCCCGGCUUAGACCAGAGAGUCCGGCACCGAGCCCGGUGCCGUCCCAUGGACUCCCGCCGCAGCCUGAGCCGGGGGCCCCUGCCACGGGAGAUGGGGAGCAGGAGGACCAACCAGAGGGGGUCGAGCAGCAGCUAACCUCAUCUUCCCCCGGUGAAGCCGUGGCGGGUACAGAGGUAUCCAGCCCCCCGCCAAUAGACCAUAGAGCCCACCAGGAACUGCUGCACAGAGUUGCCCAAAAUUUGGGGUUGCAGGCUGAGGAGACAGUUGAACACGAGGACCCCAUGGUGGACAUUUUGAGCCCCGAAAGUCAAUCCAGAAUAGAGCUCCCGCUCAUUAAGACCAUUCAGUCCAACUAUAAGACUAUAUGGCAGACCCCGGCCUCCAGCGCUCCAACAGCUAAAGGAGUGGAGCAUAAAUACUUUGCCCCAUCUAAGGGCUAUGGGUUCCUCUUCUGCCACCCGAGUCCAUGCUCCCUGGUGGUCUCGGUGGUGAACGAAAGGGAGCGCCAUGGACAGCAGGCCCCAGCCCCUUAGGCCAGGGAGGCGAAACGCCUGGACCUUUUUGGCAGAAAGGUGUACUCGUCAGGGGGCCUUCAGUUGAGGAUUGUGAACCAGCAGGCCAUCCUCAACAGGCACAAUUUCAACUCCUGGGCGGCAGUGGGGAAGUUUAAGGACAGCCUCCCGCAAGGUUCCCAACAGGAGUUCACCGCCCUGGUGGGCAAGGGCAAGGCAGUAGCCAAGACCUCUCUCCAGGCCUCCCUGGAUUCGGCAGACGCGGCGGCUAGAACAAUCGCGUCGGGGUGGUCGUGAGGCGCUCGGCGUGGCUCCAGGAGUCAGGCCUGCCCCCCGAGGUCCAGAAUACGCUCCAGGACCUCCCCUUCGAAGGGUCUGGCCUCUUCUCGGACCAGACAGACACGAGGCUGCAUAGCCUCAAGGUCUCGCGGGCUACGCUCAAGUCGCUGGGUAUGCACACCCUGGCGACCCAGAGGAAGCCCUUUAAGCCGCAGCCUCCCCGUCAAUGCCAGUACCAGCCUCACCGUAGGCAUGAGCCUUACCGUAGGCGAGGCAGGGAUAUCAGGCGACAGCACAACAACAACGGUAACAAUAAUGCGCCGGGCCAGAACCAGGGCCAGCACAAACCCCCGCCGGGCACUAAGCCAGGCUUUGGAAGGUGCACUCGAGGACAACGUACCAGACCAGUCACCGGAUCCGUCCCUUUGUUUCCUGAACCGCCUGUCCCGUUUCUCCCGUGCAUGGUCCACCAUUACAUCAGACCAUUGGGUCUUACGCACGGUGCGGAACGGGUACUCGCUGCAGUUUGCCUCCCUCCCCCCCUUCCAGCCCCCUUCCCCGUCCCUCUUCAGGGACCCCUCUCACGAGCAUCUCCUAGAGGAGGAGGUCUGCUCGCUGCUACGGGCUGGGGCGGUAGAGGCGGUGCCGCACAGCCUAAGGGGGAAGGGGUCCCGGUACUUCCUCAUCCCCAAGGCCAAAGGGGGCCUUCGCCCCAUCCUAGACCUGCGCGGGCUAAACAAAUUCCUGUCAAGGCUCGAUUCCUCAUGGUCUCUCUGAGCACCAUCAUCCCUUCCCUGGGUCCGGGGGACUGGUACGCCACCCUCGACAUGAAGGACGCAUACUUUCAUAUCGCCAUUUUCCCAGCACAUCGGUGGUUCCUACGCUUCACCGUGGGCCGAGAACAUUAUCAGUUUGCGGUUCUCCCAUUUGGUCUAGCUGCGGCCGCAAGGGUGUUCACGAAGUGCAUGGCGGUGGUGGCGGCCUUCUUACAGAGGCAGAGAAUCCGGGUGUACCCGUACCUCGAUGACUGGCUCCUGGUGGGCCAAUCCAAGGUGGAGGUGUGGGGCCAUGUGGAGGUGGUUCUCAGGGGGCUCAGUGUUUCCCCACCCAAUGGUGGGGUGGUUCCUUAAAGGGUUGGAGAGGGUGUUCCCAUACUCCCGCCCCCCAGUCCCUCCAUGGAACCUUAACCUGGUCCUUUCUAAACUCAUGGGACCCCCUUUCAAGCCCCUCGCUACCUGUUCCCUCCUCCACCUUUCCUGGAAGGUGGCGUUUCUGGUUGCCGUUACCUCAGCCAGAAGGGUGUCCGAACUGAGGGCCCUUACCUCUGAGCCACCGUACACAGUAUUUCACAAGGACAAGGUGCAGCUCCGGCCGCACCCCAAGUUCCUCCCUAAGGUGGUGUCCCAAUUGCAUCUGGGCCAGGAUGUUUGUCUGCCGGUGUUCUUCCCGAAACCCAAUACGGACCCGAGUCACCGCAGCUUGCACACCUUGGAUGUGCGUUGAGCGCUGGCGUUCUACUUGGAGCGCACCAAGCCCUUUCGCAAAUCCGCACAGCUGUUUGUGGCUGUGGCCGAGACGUUAAAAGGCCUCCCAGUGUCGGCGCAGCGGAUUUCGUCUUGGAUUACAAGCUGCAGCCGGGCGUGCUAUGGGCUCGCAGGUGUUCCGGCCCCGGCGGUCACGGUCCACUCGACCAGGGCGCAGGCGACUUCCACGGCGUUACUGGCACAGGUCCCGAUCCAGGAGAUCUGCAGAGCAGCCACCUGGUCUUCGGUGCACACCUUCACGACCCACUACGCGGUCAAUUAGCAGGCCAGAGAGGACGCAGCGGUUGGCAGAGCAGUCCUCCGAGCAGUUGUUCCGUGACUCCUCCCCUCCUCCAGAGGUAAGCUUGUGAUUCACCUAACGUGGAAUGGACGUGACCAAGCACUCGAAGAAGAAAAAACGGUUACUUACCUUCUCGUAACUACUGUUCUUCGAGAUGUGUUGUUCACGUCCAUUCCACACACCCCCCCACACACCCCUCUGUUGGCGUCGCCGGCAAGAAGGAACUGGAGGGGGUAGGGCCGGUGGGGGUAUCUGUGCGGGGCACAGUGGCGCCACUCGGGGGGGCCCCAACGGGAGCCGCUAAGGGAAAAAGUUUCCGACACUCGUGCACGCGGCGCGCGCACCUAAUGUGGAAUGGACGAGAACAGCACCUCUUGAAGAACAGUUAUGAGAAAGUGAGUAACCGUUUUUUCUUUACACAACACACAGUCAACUUGUGGAAUUGGCCAGGGGAUGUUGCGCAGGCCAAACAAAUAACGGGGCCAAAAAAAGUACUGGGUAAGUUCCUGGAGGAACAGUCCGUCGUCCCGUCCCCCCCCGUUCUCCUGCUGGUCACAGCUCACCUUCCCUGAUCGCUCUCGUUACAGUGUGUACGGCAACACCCCUUGUUUCGUGUUCUGUGUCUAUAAAUCUCUCCACUGUAUUUUCCACUGAAUGCAUCCGAUGAAUUGAGCUGUAGCUCACGAAAGCUUAUGCUCAAAUAAAUUUGUUAGUCUCUAAGGUACCACAAGUACGCCUUUUCUUUUUGUCAGCAGACAGGAUACUGGGCUAGAUAGCCUACUGGUCUGACCCAGUGUCAGAGGAUUGGUGCUAUAGCCCCACCUUAACAGUCUCGAGAAGAAACCCCUUCUGUGUGCCAGACCCACUAGGGUAAGUCUCCCAGCUUCAUCACUUCCUUAGACUGGACCUCUGGGCCUACAGCCCCCCUGCUCCAUCCUGUGAGAUCCGGGCAGCGAGUCCCACCGAGACAGACCCUGCUAGAGACUGGUCCAUGCACUUCCGCAAGCAUUUGCAGUGACAUUCACACAGCAUUAUCAAAACAGCAGGCAGCCUUGGGUAGCCCAGAGGAAGGAAGGGUAAAGCACAGUCCAUUCUGACCAGCUCAGAGCCCAGCCAAGCUGCACUGAACCCCUCAGUUCAAGCUCCAUCUCUGUCUGACCUGUGCCCCGACUGCUUCCCGCAGCCCACAUUUCACACCCUGGUGCCCCCAGUCCUUCGUUCUGGGCUGAGAAACGGAGCAAGCCAAAUCCCUCUGGGGCCUUAGUUGCUAGGUGUCAGUGUCCAGGCCAUUGGAUCUGCCAUUGUCUCCUCAGAUGCUCCCCUGAUACGGGGACUAAGGCCCAGCCAGUUGGGCACCAUUCACACUUGUGUCUUAGCUUAUCCUAAAAGCAAACAGACACCUCUCCCACACUGAGUAACAAUGUAGCAUAUAGGGGAAACUGAGGCAUGCACUGGCUCCAUAGAGAUAUUACAAACGAUUCCCACUUGGUCACAUCCAGUAUGGCCAUCUUAUCUCUGUAAGCAAUAUGAUCCUCCCCACCCAUUUCUCGCCACCCGUUCCCCCUUCCCAGCUCACCCCUGUGCAAGCCAGCGCAGCUCGCAGUGCAGCUCAGCCCACCCUUUGCUGGGCAGUUCUGCGGUGUCAGGUGCAUCCAUUCAGGAAUCAGAUUGCUGCACCCCAACUCUAAGCACUGUGCUUCGUCCCUCCCUGGGUGCCAGCCCAGCCCCUGCACCGCUUCAGACGGGACUCUGGCCUCGGGUCUGAAGCCCCAUUGCCACAUGGACCAGCCGGCCUCCUUCCAGCGUGCACCAGGAAUGCAGGUCGGCUCCUGCGUCUCCCCUGCACAAGGAGGUGUGGACAGAGCUGGCCAUAGACAGGAGCCUGGGCGAGAGAGGCGCUUUCGGCAGCUCAGUGAGGGCGCCGGGUUUCCCGGCUGGGAGCAGACACUGAUGCCAGG